ACAGUUGGUUAACGUUUGACAGGACAGGAUGGGGCUGCUCAGAUCACUCUGAGGUCUGAGGAGUGACUCGCUUGAUCUCUCCGCCAAGGCUGCGAUCAUGACACCCAUGAUGCAUCUGUUGCUGCUCCCGCUCCUGCUCAGCAUUGCUGCUGGGAAGGAUCUGGAGGAAAAGAAGGGCCCGUUUCAGAACACGGAGCUGGAUGUGCCAGAGGGAACGCUGGUGCCAUAUCCCGUGUAUCAGUUUCAGGUGACCCAUCCAGGUGUUGACAGCUUCAGACUGAGUGGAGAAGGUAAAGGCUACUUUAAGAUUUCAAAGGAAGGGUGGCUGUACCUGGAGACGCCUCUGGACUGGUCUCAACAGGACCAUUACGUGAUCGCGGUGGAGGCACUGGCAGAUGAUAGAGUUGUUGAUGGUCCAGUUCAUGUGACAGUAAAUGUGUUGGAUGUCAACAACAACGCUCCAUACUUCAAUCAGAGCGACUACACAGCUUUAGUCAGAGAAAACAACCCAGCAGGCGUCCCUUUUGCCCAGGUGUUUGCGUUGGAUCGGGACGACCCGCAGACUCCCAACGCUCAUCUGAGCUACAGCCUGGUCAGCCAGAUCCCCAACAAACAAAACAUCCAUCUGUUCCAGAUCGACCCCAACACCGGAGAGAUCUCCACCACAGAAGCAGGAGAACAGAUGCUUAAAGCCAGAGAAGGCAUCAGAUAUGGCAGAGGAGAAGACCAGAGCAUCGAUGCUCUGAAGACAAAGUUUAACGACUACUGUCCCGUGCAGAAGAUCCCCUAUGAAGAAAACCCCUUCUUCACCUGCGUGGAGAGAGCAGAAAUUAGGAGGAGGAACGUGGACCCCCUGGAGGACCCAGACUACACCCUGUCUGUGCGCGUGCAGGAUCUCGGAGGAGCGUCGGAGACCGCGCUGAGUGGAAGCGCCAGAGUGCGCAUCGUCGUGCAGCAAAACCUUUGGGUCAAUCCUGGACCUAUAACUGUUAGAGAGCACUUGAAGGAAACGUACCCUCUGGAUAUCGCAAAGGUUCAGUCUAAUGAUCCCAACGCCAUCUACAAGUUAGUGCAGAAAGAGCGAGAGCUGAAAUUCCCCUUCCAGAUCACAGAAGAAGGAAAAAUACUUCUGAUAGAGGAGCUGGACAGAGAAGACAAGGACAUGUACAUCCUGGUGGUGUUCGCAGUGGAUGACAAUGACAAACAGGUGGAUCCGCCCAUGGAGAUUCAAAUUUUGGUGGAGGAUGUGAAUGACAACGCACCUGCGUGUGCAAACGAGGAGAGUGUGUUUGAGGUGCAGGAGGACGAGCCUGUAGGCAGCCUGAUUGGACAGCUGUUGGCCCACGAUGACGAUCAAGAAGGGACACUGAACUCUCAUCUGACUUUCACCAUCCUGUCCCAAAAUCCCUCCACCACACCCGAAGCCUUCUCCAUCGACGCUGAUUCUGGAAGGAUCCAGGCUUUGCGCUCGCUGCAGCGAAAAGACCAUCAGAUGUAUAACCUCAAUGUCAGAGUGAACGACCCAGCUUUCAGCACAGAAUGUAAGGUCGUCGUUAAGGUCAUUGACGUCAACAACGAGAUGCCUCUGUUUGAGAAGACAGAUUACGGCAGUCAAACUCUGGCAGAGGACACUCCUGUGGGACACACAGUGCUCACCAUCAGAGCAACAGACGCUGAUGAUCCAGACAGCGGCAGCUCUCUUAUCGAGUUUCACAUCACUGCUGGCAACGAUGAUGAACUUUUCACUGUGGAGACCGACGGCAAAGGCAUCGGCCAUCUGGUUGUAGCUAAGCCUUUGGACUUUGAGUCCUCUCCUACCCUCAAGCUCCAGAUAGACGCUCGUAACCCAGAGCCGCUGAUGAAGGGUCUGGAGUACGGCAGCGAAUCCACAGCCUUCGUCUCCGUGUCUCUCACCGACGUGGACGAGGUUCCAGAGUUCAGUCUGGACAUCCUGGAUGUGACUGUGCCUGAAAACACCACCAAGGGAUCAGUGCUGCUCACUGUGGAGGCGAAGGAUCCAGAGGGCAAAGAGAUCGGUUUUAAGUUGGACGGUGACACUCGGGGCUGGCUGGAGAUCGAUACUGCCACAGGAGAGAUCAAAACCAAAGACAAGCUGGACAGAGAAACAGUGGACACUUUCGGAAAAUUAAUUUUCUGCUUUCCCUAUAAAGCGAACCCUGACAUGUCCGCUGAGCGUGUCCUGUCUGUGAGGCUGCUGGACGUCAACGACAACAUCCCCACCCUGAAGGAGAAGCAGGCCUUCAUCUGCGUGAAGAAACCCGAACCUGUCAUCAUCAAGGCCCAGGACAAAGACAGCGCCCCCUUCUCUGAGCCCUUUACCUUCACUUUUGAGCACGGCAAGAAAUCUCCCAACUGGGAUCUGAGGAGUAUCGACGGUACAUCAGCUAGGCUGACGCUGAAGAAAACACCGACUGAAGACAGGACUUUCAAACUCCUCAUUAACGUUAAAGACAAUGCAGGCAUGGGAGUCACACAUACGUUUGAGGUGAGAGUGUGUAACUGCACAGAGCUGGGCUACUGCUACAUCGCACCAGAGGAUCGUGCCUUCAGUUACGGGCUGGGACCCACCAUCGGGAUCCUGGCUGGUGUUCUGGGAUUCUGCGUUAUUGUCUUCAUUGUAGUGAUCAAACGUGUAAAUAAAGGGGGCAAGAAGAAGAAUGAAGAGGAAGAGAGGAACGCCAUGAUGUAGAGACUUCACACACGCACAUACACACACACACACACACACACACACACACAAACAUAAACAUGCAUAUUUGUACUUUUAUACUUGUUGGGACUUUAAAUGUCACAUCUUCAUGCCUAAUCUGAACCUGAUUCUAACCUCAAUCAUCAAACCAAGUCAUGCCCCUUAUUGUUUGUUUAUGGUUCCUUUUUCACGUCUGACCAAAAACAACAGAUGGAAAUCAGACCUCUAGGCUCAUUUACAAACUUUUUUCUGUUGAUCACGGAGCAUUUUUCUUGCCGAAUAAACAAAUGAAAUAAAAGAAUUAUCCUCACCAGUGUAACAGCAGAAGUGAGGACUUCAUUUUCCAACAGUGUCCUUUCUCUCAAGGUCUGAGUGUUGAAUUAAUUCUCACAAAGAUAGACACAAGCAUUUACAUAAGAUUAUUUUUAUUUACAAGAGAGAGUUGAUAAAUACGUGCUGUGCAUACAUAAUCGCUGUCAGGUGGCCCCGUGCUAAUCAUGCAUUUCUAACGCUUGUUAACGUAUUUUAUUUGAGUUUCGCUCGCAGACUCAGGUUGUUUCAUUAGCAGUUUAAUUGUCUCACAUAAUUCCAUUAGUUUAUAGCCCUGAGCUUUUGUGUUGAAUGAGACGGAUAACUGUUGAAUGUUGUGUUAAGGCAGGAAAUAUCUUUAAUGUAAAGAAAAACAUCUGAAACCCAGAACAUCACAGUGUGUUAUGAUAAAUCAUAACUGUGUUUUCACUGCUCUGUUUGGCAAUAAACAAAGAAA